AUGAAUAAUACAAGUAAACUAGUUGGAUAUUUCAAACAAUUACCAAAUGAAAUUUUAUUAGAUUUAUUUGAAAAUUAUAUAAUUUUAACUGAUGUUUAUUUGGCAUUUUAUUUUCUUAAUAAUCGUCGAAUAAAUGAAACUAUACAUUCUGUUCAUUUUUAUAUUGAUACACCUUCAAAAGAUAUAUUUCAUAUAAAAUCUUUUUCACAUUUUGCCAAUCAAAUUGUUUCAUUACGUUGA